CGCCCCGAGGGCCCGCGGAGAAUUGUGCCUCGGAACGGUCGCGUCGAUGAUCCGCCUCGAGGGCGGAGAGUGGCGAGCGAUUCGGUGGCAGUGUUUUUUUGUUUGAGUUUGGGCACUCCGCGGUGAGUCGUCCAUUGUUGUUAUCAUUGACUGCGAUGCAAUUAUUCUAAAUUGUAAUGUUUGUUAACAUUGUUGUUAUGAACAUUAUUCGUUCAGCGUGAAGAGGAGUUGGCUGUUGUACGCAGUUGUCAUUUGGUGGAUGGCGCGUGAGGUGGUGUCCGCUCGUUCGUGCAGUCCUCACUCAGGGUGACAAGGUCACUCACAUUUACAAAUGUGGGGCUACUCUCUCCUCAACCGGUUAAAAUUAGAAGAUAUUUAACUACGGGCACACAAUCUGAGCGUCGGCCCUGCUAAAACCGGCAAUGACGGCGUGACGCUUGUCUGACUUGUUGGCGGCGUGCGACACUUAUUCGACGUUACUGCGACAGGGGAAAGUAUAUCCAUCGGACGGCCACUGUUCAAUCCCCACCACACUCAUUGUAAGGUCCCCCCCUCCACCCCGCGUGAGUGUCGCCGGUGACCUCGGGUGCCCCCAGGCUGACAGGGGGUCGCCGGGCACGAGGUGACUUUACCGAAAGAACCAAGAAUAUAAGUCCAGUUAAUGUUUGUCAAACGUUACUUCAGGUAGCAACAUUAAAGGGGAAACGUUUAAUGUGCAGCCGAACGAGGGGUCUCAUUUGCAACAUUUCGAGUGAGAAAUAAACAUACACUUUGAAGAAAGAUGUAAAUGCAUUGUGAAUACAGUACCGUAAUUUUCUCUGCGUUGUGAUUUAUCCUUAAAUUCUUAACUAGGGUGGCCAAAGGUCAAAUUUCCAUGACUGUGUUCCAUCUCUGAUGUCAACUGUUAAGCGGUGUUGAGCCUGCUUCGUGGUUGGACACUAGACUUCGCAGCGAUACCAGGUGUUGUAGGUUUGGGCUACAAGGCGCCCUAAAUGGCAGAAUAGCAAAUGGGUUCUUAAAAAUUGAUUCUUGAAUCCAUUUUGUGCGGAGUUUUGAGUGUUGCCCCAUCGUAUUCGUUGUGGGUCUUCUCUGGGUUUCUGUGAUAGAAACCCAGAGCCUUAAUGUAAUUAACAAAUGCUACUUUAAAUUAAUUAUUGAGACUCACGAAUUGUUGGAUAAAGGGAAUACGGUCAUCGUUUUUCUAUGUAACUGUUGAACAAUGCAAGUCAUUUAUUCUGCUGGUAAAGAUGAAGCGUGCAAUGUUAGGUUUUGAACAAAACUUUGGAAUGGUUUUAAAUUAGAAUUUAGAAAAAAUCAUUAACUUUUGGAACUCUCAUUUCUCGAAUAUUUUCAACUGAACUCUGUGAAGAGAAAUCAUUUUCCUGUAAAACAUUUUCACGCACAUUUAAACCAACACUGUGUAGAUAAUUUACAGGGUUAGGUUUGCUGUUAUGCCCAACAAUGGCUUACACAGUAGUAGACUUUGCCCCAAACGUUAGCCGCAUUGCUCGCAGCGCAUUACUGAUAAAAGGAGCCAACUUUGUAACAUUCACAUGUUCGUUUAAAAACAGCUUGCGAGCAUCAAUAUUUGCACCAGGAGGCUUGCAAGCAUUGGUGAACACAUCUCCAUUAUUUCUAACCAGGUGAGAGUCCUUUAAGACAUUUAAGCAUCUCUCAAAAUUUAAAUUUGUGUGUUGCAAUCAUCUUUUGCGAUGCGUAUGCGGAGUGUGUGUGUGGUGCAGUUUUGCGCAUUGAAAUGGAAUCUGAACCUGGGGCUCCUCCAGGUUAAAUCGGCCAAGAACAUGUGCCUGGUGCAGUGUGUACCUGAUGCACUCGAAAAAUACAGGUGGUCUGACAUACAUCUGACAACACCACCCCUUGUGUGCCACGUUGACCUUAAUAACAGUUCAACAAUAGCACUGUGGUCAAAAAAUUAUUUUGAGUUUGGGAAGUCAACGGUGGUCGUCCUAAGAAUAUACUGCCCUCCACCAUGGGAAUAUGUAAUUUCCACCACUGGCGUAGAGCGAGACGACCACUUAUUUGAGCAUGGAUAAACUUACUCUAUUUACAGCGUUGUCUGAUGUGUAUUGUGGUUGCACAGCGUGUUAUUUGGUAUGUUGUCCGACGUUUGGCUGUACGUUCUUGGAGCUUCUUCAGGAUCUGAGGAAUAGGUCUGGCCUCGAACAACGUGUGUUCCAAACCAAAAACACAGAUAAACCUAUACAGCACAACCUUGGAAUCCGACACAGACGAUUUACAGCGCUUGCCACGGCUAAACGCAUCACCUUUGUAUUCACAGCAUUGCGAGCAAUGGCGAUUGCCGGCACGCGCGUGGUGGAGCUGGCCGGCCUGGCGCCGGCGCCCUUCUGCGGGAUGGUGCUAGCGGACUUUGGGGCACGGGUGGUGCGUGUUGACCGCACGGGGACGCGUGCCACCAUGCCAGAUGUGCUGGCACGGGGGAAACUGUCGCUGACGCUCAAUCUGAAGUGUCCGCAAGGCGUAGCUGUGCUGCGCCGGCUGUGUCGUGCCUCCGACGUUCUCAUUGAGCCCUUCCGCCCCGGUGUGAUGGAGCGGCUUGGCCUGGGCCCAGACGUGCUGCUUGGCGAGAACCCUCGUCUCAUCUACGCGCGGCUCACCGGCUUCGGCCAGAGCGGCCCCUACGCCAGCAUGGCCGGCCACGACAUCAACUAUGCCGCCAUGUCCGGCUUGCUGUCCAUGCUGGGGCGCCAGGGCGAGAAGCCCACACCGCCUCUGAACCUGCUGGCGGACUUUGCGGGCGGUGGGCUCAUGUGUGCCAUGGGCAUCACCAUGGCCAUGCUGGAGAGGAACAGGUCUGGCCUCGGGCAAAUCAUCGACACGAGCAUGGUGUGUUGGCAGGGUGGAGGAACUGGGGCAAGGGUCACGGAGGACCCCAUCUGGAAGCCUCUGGAACCUGCUAGCGGGUUCAAGAAGGGAGGCGCGGUCAGGGCGGAGCCAGGCCGCGCUGGGAGCAUAAAAGGACCCAAGAUCAGGAAGGAGCUCGAGGCUGCCGGUUCUGGGAAUAAACUCGUCUCAUCGUUGCUGUCGUCUCAUCGGCGUUGUCACUAAACGUCUCCGCUAGAUAUUGCACUACGAAGGAUAGUAGUUGGCUAUCUCAGUCAACGCCGUCAGUGUUAGACGGCUAGUGUUAUGUACAGGCUGUUAAUAAAGAAAGUGCCUCCUCUCUGAAUUGUUGACGCUACACUAGUAUAGCAGACCGGUGUGUUGGAGAGCAAAGUCACAACAUUUACAAAGACAUUUACAAAGAAGACAUUUACAAAGAAGAUUUACAAUCUGAUUGUAAAUGUUUAACACGGACAUCACACCGCUGCUUCACCGCCGUUGAGAGAGAGAGAGAGCACCGGAGCCGCGGGGAGAGGACGCCGCCACUGUUGCUGGCGCUCCGGCAGCCUGUCGGGAUGUGAUUCCCGCCAAAAUGCCAUUCCCGCCAUUUUCAACACCUGCGGAGGGAGAUCUUCGGGCGUCUCAGUGGCGCCCCCAUCUUCUGUUCGAGUGCGGGAAGCCGGAUCAGUUCGCAAGAGGAUACUGCGCUCACCAUCCAAGAUUCUUCAGGGUGUCUCAAGUCUCCACCCUGCCGUCCUCCGCUAUUCACAGCCUCUCAGGCGAGUCGUGACAUGACAUAUACCCGGCCCUUGCAGUCACUUCACCCAUCUUGUGUGCCCAGGUUGCGAUUGCGUGUUUUUUUUUACUUUUACUCGCUGGCUGGCAGAGUGUGUUAAUCAGGUUGUGUGAGUGGCGGAUGGACGAGGCGUCCGUGCGGGUGUCCGCGUUGUUACAUUGUUUGUUGUUGAUUACGGCGUCGGGAUCGUUUAUUUUUUAGGGGGCUGUUUGUUGCAUUUUUUUUGGUCAUGUUCGAGUGCCCUGAGCCCUGUUAAAAUCCUGUGGGUUGCCGUGUCAACAGUUCGCGUUGUGACAUCGUUUUUUUGUUGUUGCUGAGUCGCGUUUGUUGACGAUGUACGGACUGCGACAUUGUUGACGAUGUGUUGACUGUAUGCAACUUCGCUCGCGAUUGUUAACGAUGUGUGGACUGUAGGAAGCUUUGAUCGCGAUUGUUGACGAUGUGUAGACUGUAUGGAGCUUCGCUCGCGAUUGCUGGCGAAGUGUAGACUGUAUGGAGCUUUGCUCGCGAUUAUUAACAAGGUACGGACUGUAUGGAGCUUUGCUCGUGAGUGUUGCUAUGUGCGGACUGUAUGGAGCAUCGCUCCAAAUGGUUGACGUGUACAGACUGCGUAUACUGCAUAUACUGCAUUGCACGAUAUCGUUGAUUAUUUGGACCAUCGUGUAUGGUGUUUUGCUCUUGAGUUGGGUGCCUCAGCCCUGUGGAAAUCCCGUGGUUGAGGUUGUGGGGGAUUUUGGAUUGACGGGUUCAGUGUGUUACGAGCUCACUGGUUGGUCCCUGUCCGUUGUUGCUCGACAAACGUAAAAAAAUAUGUUUUUUUUGUGCGACGGUACCUCUUAGGUUCUAUGUAGGACAAGGGUGCAUGGGGCUGUAAAUUGCCGCCAAAUGGCGUCGCUCUCCGCUCGAUUGCAUGCAGCCAGGGGCUGCGUUGCGAGUUGGAGUGUGUGAGCAAUGUGUCCUCUAAGCUCGGUUGGGACAGCUGGAUGCUGCAAUGUGAGUUUUGGAGAGAGGUGUUGAUGUGUCCUCUCAGCUCGGUUGGUACAACUGGAUGCUGCAAUGCGGGUCUUGGAGAGAGGGGUUCGAGGUGUCCUCUCAGCUCGGUUGGUACAGCUAAAUGCUGCAAUGCGAGUCUUGGAGAGAGGGGUUGGUGUGUCUUCUCAGCUCGGUUGGUACAGCUGAUUGCUGCAAUGCGAGUCCAGGAGAGAGGUGUUGUUGUCUUCUCAGCUCGGUUGGGACAGCUGAUUGCUGCAAUGCGAGUCUUGGAGAGACUGGUUUAAAAUUCCCCCGAUACGGCCAACGCGUGCAAUGGGCUGCGGUGACGUGUCGGAAAGGCUGGGGGUGCGAACAUGUGACAUGAGAUGUCCGUUGUGGUCCCCAAGGGAGGGCUGCUGAGAUGCAAGAACGGUAAAACCGCGGAGAUGCGGUUCGCACAUGCGGCCCACAUUUUGGGCAAGUGCAGGAAACCACGGAGAUGCGGUUCACGCAUGCGGCCGCUAUUUUGUGCGAGCGCGGGAAACCGCGGAGAUGCGGUUCGCGCAUGUGGCCGCCAUUUUGUACGAGCACGGGAAACCUCGCAAAUGUGCUUCGCACGUGCGGCCGCCAUUUCUGGGCAAGAGCAGGCAGAUUUUUUUUAUCAUGCCGAAUUUAUAUUUCUCAAAAAAUUUAGAUACUGGGGUGACCCUGAAGUGCGACUCCUUUGCCCCAGUACAUGGGUCGGACCCUGAGGUACGACUUCUCGACCCGGGAUGUCGGUAGACGUCCGGAAUGUUAAUUGGUGUGUAGAUGGGUGCUAGACAUGUCGGUCUUCGCCUUCUCACUACCUGAGGGAUGGGACGGUGGCAGGGUGGUGUGGGACCCUGCCAUCCAUGUGGUGUUGGUGUGUGAUUUCGGUUCGAUUACCGGUGUUGAUUGUGCAUCCAACACGUCGGAAUCUGUGUAUUUUUGUUUUUAUUUUCUCCCAUCGGGCGGAAUACAAUCAUCUCCACUACCCUGGGGCCGGGUGGCUGUCGUGUCCAACGAGCUGAGGCGCGUGUUCGUGGUGCUGUGCUUCAGGAGGUUUGGGUUUCUUCGUCUUGUCACAAGAUUCCAGCACCUGCCACCCUUGGAGUCGCCGGUUGUGCUGACCGGAUGUGGACUUGAGGGGAGGAGUGGAGCGCCCGUCCGUCACUCCUGCUCUUCCUGUUGCUCAACUCCUGGGGAGGGGCCGUGCCCUUUUUGGGCCUUUUUCAAGUUCUCCCAGGACCUCCAGGGAGAGCGUGCUCGCCUCCCCUGGGGGCCCGGCCACGCGAACUCGUUCGAAGACUGGCCGCUGUACAUGACUCUCACACCUUGUUGAUUGCCUACACCGUUGUUCAAACGGUCACAUUCAUAUGUCAGUGAGUGCGUAAUUUUCACAUGGGUGGGCUGUGCUGAGGGGUAAGCGGGUUGACUAGUUCUUCUUGAUGUACAUGUGUUGUUGUUGGUUCCCCUCGUUCCAUACGUUCUUCCUUUUCCCCUCUCGGUAUGUGUACAUAUGUUUUUGCGGUAUUAUCGGUCGCCGGUUAUUUAUUAAUGUUGCUUGUUUGGAGGCACACCUUUCAAUAUUUUCUUUAUUUUUCACAAUUGCGUUACAGCCGGGACGGCUGUGUGUUAUACGGGGAGGGGGGGGGGUGAUGUAGUGUAGUAGAACGACACUACUGUGUUGGCUCGGUAUGGGGGCUGUAGGCGGGUGUCACAGAGGUCGUGUCAGGCCGUGACACUCUGCGUGAACCCAACAGGACACGUGACCGGAUAAAGGGGGGCCAGGGGCCCUAGGGGGGUUACGUGGUUGGGGGCUCGGGCCUUCCCGAAGGAUCGGGAAGGGGGGGGCGUGUCCUGGGGCGGAGCCGGCCACACCGGAGUGGUUAUAAGCAGGGUGUGGACGGAGAGCUGGGCUGUUCUGCUGGGUCAACUCUGGGAUGAAGCCACCAUCUACGAUCCUCGGUCUCCAGUCCAGUAAUCUAGUAUCCCCGUGUGUUAGCUAAGUUAGGAACGGUGAUUACCACCCUAUGUCAUUAUCCUGUUAAUGUUAAGAGUUUCGCUAAUAAAUAGUGUUGCCUCCAAA